AGCAUUGUUUCACCUUUUCGGUUUUGGUUUUUGAUUCGCCCUUUCAUGAGGGUUUAAUACACAUCAGGUGUUUGAUAAAAGAAAAAGUCCCACUUUUAAGGUACAACUUCAGAAUUGCAUUUUUAUUCACACUUGAGCCGUGUAACUAUUUGUUCUCAAUUUGAAAGAGGUAUUCAUGCAAAAAAGUCUUUAGACAUAGCUCCAGUUUCAUUUCUAAUUCUUCACACACUUGAAUUCAAACUAUUUAUACCAAAUACCGCCCCGAGAGAGGAUUAGUCAUUUGCGAUCAUAUGAUAAACUUUGAUUUUAAUAAUCUGUAAUUUCUUUCCAAGUAUCUGGAUGUGGAUUGCAUCAGAAAUUUCAAUCUCUAUAGAUCUAUCCGGUAUAUUGAAACAUAAACCACGCCCAUCAUAAUUUUGAUAAGGACGAUUAUCUGUGACGACAGAUCUUUAUGAAAAUUUUAUUCAAGUUUUACCAUCAAGUAUAAGCACGUAGGGAAUUGACGUUUGCCCUCGUUACAUCUGUGUUUUUCUCAUGAUUUAUCUGCUCUUAUGUGGAAUUUACCCUUUUCAAUCAAGUUCUAAGUACAUUUUUUUACCAUUUCAUUUGUCCAAAAGGCAAAACUCUGUUAAAUCAAUUUGAAUGCAGUAUUUGCUUUUACAUGUACGAGUAUGCUAGUUUCCAUGGGUGAAUACAAAUAUUUUUUUCCAUGAAUAAUGGGAUCCACUGAGUUGAGUUUCUAUGGGGCUCUAUGGAAUCAUUAGUCGUUAUUAGCGUCAACUUGUGCUAGCACUCACAUUUAGACCCUAGCCUCUCUUUUGCUUCGGAGUUUGAAUACUGGAAGAUAGAGCAAUAAUUCAGUCACUUGCAAAUGUGAAGCAUGUACAGUAGCAUUAUGGAAUCGCUGGCUUGUCCUUGCCGAGGACGAAAGAACUCACCGAAGAUCGUGAUGCUUUCUCUUGUCAUCUCUCAUGCCUUGUCAAGUUAGCAAUCCACAGGCGGCUUCACUUUUACAAAUGACAGACGACAUUCCAGUCCAUGUAGAACGGAGGAAUUUCAAGGACACUCUACAAUGAAGAAGUUAUUGGGGGAGCACCACAGAAUUGGGGAAAUCAUCGAUGCCUUCCGUGAAGUUGACAGCGAUGGAGAUGGCAUCAUCAAACCUAAUCAGUUAGGACAAGUGUUACGAAUCUUGGGACAAAACCCAGCCGAUGCGGAGAUCCAGGAUAUGAUCAAUGAAGCGGACAGCGAUGGGAGUGGCAGCAUUGAAUUUCCAGAGUUUCUUCUCAUGAUGGCCAAGAAAGUGUCCGAACUUCAAGCAGAGGACGAAAUCCGGGAGGCGUUUAAAGUUUUCGAUGGGGAUGGGAAUGGUUAUAUAAGCCGGCUGGAGCUGAAGGCGGUCAUGAUGAACAUUGGUGAACGGAUCACCGACGAGGAGUGUGAGCAAUUGGUGGCAGAGGCCGAUAUCGAUGGAGAUGGGCAAAUAAAUUAUGAGGAAUUCUACGCCAUGAUGUCAUCCGUUCAAUGAACUGUAUACACCUUACCUAGGGGCAUCUGUCCAUCAUGAGUGUGUGUAUAACCCUCGUGACCCUGGCGAUUCUAGAGUCCAAUACCUUUUGUAUAUAUAGUUUGAGACAACAACCAAGUUGCAUUUUUGUCUCUCAAUGCCAAGAGUACUAUUUUUCCUCAAUACAUUCUGCUUUUGAAACGCC